GAAGAAUAAAAGGAAAACAUUGGGCCAUUUCUUUGACCACUGAAAAACCCCAUUACGCAGCUCAACCAUUGUCUUGCCAGCCUUCUUUCUUUGUUUCCUUUUUUCUCACUCUCCGACACAUAUAAAACCCCCUAACCCCCCCUCUGCAACAAACAAAGCAAAACACAAAAGUUGGAUCAGAAUGCACCCCAGUGGUUCAUCUUCGUCACUGGGUCCAGGAGGGCUGGACCUAACCCAGGCCUUCUUCAAGCCCAUCCAACGCGCCGGCCUCCCUUCCCCAGCUAAGCGCCACACCAAAAUCUCCGUCAUUGGAGCCGGCAACGUUGGCAUGGCCAUAGCUCAAACCAUUCUGACCCAAGACUUAGCCGACGAGAUCGUCCUCAUCGACGCCAACCCCGACAAGCUACGUGGCGAGAUGCUCGACCUCCAACACGCUGCUGCGUUUUUACCACGCACCAAAAUCCAUGCCUCUGUCGACUACGAGCUCACCGUUGGAUCUGAUCUCUGUAUCGUCACUGCUGGGGCCCGCCAGAACCCGGGCGAGUCUAGGCUCGAUCUGCUGCAGAGGAAUGUGGCCCUGUUUAAGAAUAUCAUUCCCCCUUUGGCUCGUUUCUCGCCUGAGACUAUUUUGCUUAUCGUUUCCAAUCCCGUUGAUGUGCUCACUUACGUGUCCUGGAAGCUAUCUGGGUUCCCUUCGAAUCGGGUUAUUGGGUCGGGCACCAAUCUUGACUCCUCCAGGUUUCGUUUCCUCAUCGCCGAUCAUCUUGACGUCAACGCUCAGGAUGUGCAGGCUUACAUAGUUGGGGAGCAUGGUGAUAGCUCAGUGGCACUAUGGUCAAGCAUUAGUGUUGGAGGUGUGCCGAUAUUGAGCUUCCUAAAAAAUCAACAAAUUGCAUACGAAAAGGCGACCUUGGAGAAGAUCCACAAGGAAGUAAUAGAUAGUGCUUAUGAAGUGAUAAGCCUGAAAGGGUACACAUCCUGGGCUAUUGGGUACUCAGUGGCUAACCUGGCUCGAUCCAUACUGAGAGACCAGAGGAAGAUCCACCCAGUCUCGGUUUUUGCUAAUGGCUUCUAUGGGAUUGAAGGUGGAGACGUGUUCUUGAGCUUGCCAGCCCAGCUUGGUAGGGGUGGAGUCCUGGGUGUGACCAAUGUGCAUCUCACGGAUGAGGAGGCCGAACGGUUUAGAGACUCUGCUAAUACCAUCCUGGAUGUGCAAAGCCAGUUGGGAAUAUGAGGCACAUCAUGGUUGACCUUUACUUCUAAUUUGCAUAUUUGCAUGUCUUUUGGGCCUUUCUGAACUUCUUUGGGUUGCUUUUAUUUCACUAUUGUCUAGUUUACUUAUGAUAGUCCUGUGUUUUUCUUAGAGACCCAAUAUGCCUAUUGUGUAUGUUAUCUUUUGGGAGUGGAUUUCAGGUUUAUGUUUAGUAAACCCAUUUAGUGCUUUUAUUUUAAUCAAUUAAUUAGUAUUAAAAAGAA